AUGAUCCUCGGUAUGGAGGGAUCCGGGAAAAUAGAACAAGUAACGGGUUGUCGUUUUCCGGUCUAUGAAAUAUCGCAGCAGAAUCGAUUCGAUGACUUUGUUGGUGAUCAGAGUCAUCGAACAUUGAGCCUAAAGAAGAGUGAAAGUUGUGAUGAUUUCGAACACAGUGGGUUACAUCCUCAACUAUGCAGAAAUAAUAAUAAUAAUAAUAAAUUAAUUGAAUUUGGUGAAAUAAUGGAAACUAGUGAAGAAUGUGAUCCAAUUUUGUCAACCACUCAUACAUACCCCAUUGAUGACAUUAUUGACAAUGAUGCUGACAAUGACGAUGACAGUGACGUACAUCGCAAUGAUGAAUCUCGCUUUGGUAUGAUGAGACGCUUUGGUGGUAUUAAGUCAGUUGGAGCAAUUCGAAGGCAGUGGCAUCGUCCCGUUGCUGAGGUUUUCCCAAAUAAUACUCACACUCGUAGUAACAAUAAAGGCGGUGGUUUUUCGUCAACAACUUCAAAGCAUUUCUUCUGUACAGGAGAGCGUUCUCCAAUGCUUCCCUCAUCACUUACACAUUUAUUAAUUGAUGCAGAUUCGACAAAUCAUAUUGGUACAUCAGAGUCAAGCCCAUCAUCUAGUAACGACCGUCAACAGCAAUCAACUCUGCGAAAAAGUUGUCCGGAUUUGACGAUAUCUGACAGUGCAGGUAUGUUGCCGAAAAAUAUGGAAGCCUGUCGAGCACAAAAUCGUAAUCGCCGAGCUCAUGAAAAGAAACAAGCAGCAUUAUGGAAAAAGAAACCCAUAGCUGAGUGGAGUUUAGAUGAUGUUCUGCUAUGGCUGCAACACUGUAAAUUAGAUGAUGUGGCAUCAGUAAUGAUCGGUUAUGAUAUUAAUGGAGCUGAUGUGGAACGAUGGGAUAACAGUACCCUUGAGCAGCUUGGUAUAUCAACGGAGCACACAAGGACCAAAAUAUUGAAUGAGCUGCGAGCACUGAAGGUACGACAGACAAAUCCACCAGUUGAAAUAAACGGAACUGGUGGUGUUAGGUCUAAGAGAGGUAAACCUGUGAUACCGCUAUUCAAAUUGGUGCGAUCAACCAGUUACGACAAAGUGGUUGCACUGGAGACACCUUUAACAACUCGGGAUAUUACUGUGGCUGAGGGGAGGUUUGGUUGUUUGCAAGUCACAAAAGUCAACGGUGCUAACAUUCCGCUAAGGGAGCAAGACUGCUUUCUGGAAAUUAAUGAAAUGCCCGGGCAAGCAUUUCGUUCACCACUUAUGUUCACCAAAUUAGUUACUGAGGCAAAUGGUGAACCGAUUAGGUUGGUUGUUCUCAGACGGCGCUUGCUUCCUAUUGGGGAUACAAUGGGCAACUACGAUUAUGAUAAUGAUACUUCCGGUCGUGGUACAUUUUUUGAAAAAACACUUCAGGCUCUUGAUCAGGAGUCAUCGGGAAGCAGUGGAGUAUCAUCAAGUGAAUUGUCUUCAGAGCUAGCGCCACUUAACGAUGAUAAUAAAUCUCAAGUACUAAGGUUAUGA